GAAAACGCCCUUUGAAUUGGCUUGGGGUUAUCAUCAGUCGACACAAAUCUGUCAGGGUGGACCCAUGGUGAACAUUAACCAAGCCACCGCUGUGCUUUUCAAAGAGGGUCCUUUGAUCAAUUCGAUGUGUCAACUAUUCAAAGUCGAAUCUGCUGACCAGAUAAGGUUGGAUCAUAGAAACAUCAGAAUGCUCGAUGAUUUAACUUAUAUACGAGUUGAGACAACUUAUCGCGGUUACUCUUGCCCUCUUACCAUCAGGAGCUUCACUUCUCAAUCGGCUGGCCAGCUUUAUUUCCACGAUGGAAAUAGGCGAAUAAGUGUCGCUGAUUAUUUCGUCGCGCAUUACAAAAUCCAUCUAAAUUAUCCACAUUUACCUUGUGUUGAAUAUGGUACGCAGCGUUACGUACCCGUUGAGCUGUGUCACAUUUUGCCUAAUCAGCGCAAUCAACGAAAAUUACGCGAUGAACUGAUCAGAAUCGUAAGUGACCAUUUAAGAGGCCAGACACCAGAUAUAAGAUGUGAUGAUACAAAGGUUUUGGCUGAAGCUGUUUCUCGUCAAUGCAACAACAACAAUGGAUUUAACAUUCAAUUGGUACCCAAUCAAGUUGAGGUUGAAAGUCGCAUUCUACCCGCACCAAAGCUUAGCUAUUCUAAUGAUAGACAAUUCCAACCCAUAGAAGGUGAUUGGGAUAUGAUAAAAAGUCGUAAAACAUUUCUGGCACCGAUCGAGUUGAAAAGAUGGGGACUGAUUGUUCUUGAUGAGCGGAAGAUAGAUGGUCAAAUCUGUGCUCGAUUUGUUGAUUGUCUAAAUAAAGUUGGAAACUUGCUUGGAACUUUAAUCGACCAACCAUUAAUUACCGUUUUAAAUAUAAGGAUCCAAGAUUUGGAAAAACAUUUCGAUUAUUUGAAAGAGCGAAAUGCCCAAUUGAUUUGUGUCAUUAUGCCAGAAAGAGCUGAAUAUUACAGUCGCGUCAAACAUUAUGGUGAUCAAGUCCUUGGAAUCCCAACUCAAGUGGUCUUAUCCAAACAUUAUAAUAUUCAUGCCCAUUUUCAUAAACUCUUUGACAAUUCGUAUCUUUCCAAUUUACUAUUGAAAAUCAACUUGAAACUUGGUGGAUGCAAUUUAAAAUUGAACGAGGCUUCAGUUAUUAAUAACAGAUGCUCAAUUCUGACGAGAAAAACAAUGGUUGUUGGAAUCGAUGUCAAUCAUCCUUCACCAGGUGAAAACAGUUGCUCAAUCGCCGCUGUAGUUGGCUCUAUUGACGAAGAUUUCAGUCGAUAUCGAACUGUGAUCGAAGCUAAUGCUGAAAGAGAUGAAAUCGUUCGGGUCGAUCAGAUGAUUGUUCCCAUUUUGAAAAAAUUCAAAAGUUCAAGAGGUUUUGAUCCUGAACACAUUAUUGUUUAUCGAGAUGGAGUCUCAGAAGGACAAUUCGCCCAUGUCAUGGGCUACGAAAUUCUACCGCUUCAUAAGGAACUUUCUAAACUUCCUAAACCCCCUCAGUUGACCUACAUUAUUGUCCAAAAACGACACAACACUCGAUUUUACUCGAAAAAUCCAGCCAAUCGGAGCGUCAAGACACAAAAUAUACUACCAGGUUCUGUUAUUGACACAGAAAUUUGUCAUUAUAAGUGGUUCGACUUUUAUCUUUGCAGUCAAAAAGCACUUAUUGGAACUGCUCGUCCAGGAAAAUACACUGUCCUCUGGAAUUCGAGCCCUGCCCUUGCCGAUGACCUGCAAAUGGCCACUUAUUACCUUUGCUACUUGUUCGCUCGAGCAACAAAAUCGAUCGCCGAUCCAGCCCCAGCCCGUUAUGCCCAUCACGCUGCCGCUCGUGGAAAACUUCAUUUUCGAGAGCUGGUCAAUAGAGGACAAGUCCAACAGAACGAAAUCAACAUUCAUCUCAACAACGCUCUUAAUGUUGAUGAAAAUUUGCGAAAUAUUCUCUACUUUAGUUGAACGUCGAUCGAUGGCACUUUUUAAGAUGACACUUGAUUCGAUAUCAAAUUUCCUACUUUCUUAAUCUCCAAUGAUUAAUUUAAAUUUCAUGACCUUAUCUUUUGACUCCAUUUAUAUUUUAACUUUUUCAAAAUUAUUUCGCUUAUUUACUAAAUAAAAGUUUUACUUUAUUCACAAUUAAAACAACAAA